UUCAAAUCAAAUGUAUAUUGUUCAAUUAUGUUCAACAUUAAUUAUUUAUGUCAGUACAAGAAAUACAUUUGGAAUAAUGAAACACUUUUUAGUUUGGACAUUUAUUGUGAACAUUAGAUUUCAGGCAGCUUCCCGUGAGGAAGUGAUGAUGGAGCCACCUGACUCCGAAUACAAAGUUUUAGAGGGUCGUCCGAUGACCAUCACUUGCGAAACAAGGGAGGGCAUUAGUGCGUCGGCAUUUCACUGGUUCUUACAAAAUCAAAAAUACACAGAAAUGAUUGCCAAUUCUUUCAAUCCGUAUCAUAUAUCUACGGCAACAUUCAGUAAACUGGAUUUCAGACCAGCUCGUCAUUAUCACUCCUGGGACAUUUACUGCGCAGCCAAGACAAAAUACGGAACGUUCUAUUCCAAUAAGUCUAAAAUAAACGUCUAUGAUCCUCUUGCUAAACCAGCGUUCAAAAGUGGUUCAACAUUCUUGAGAGAAAACGUUUACAAAGUCAUCAAUGGCGGCUCAGUAUUUAUUGAGUGCAUUACGGAUAGCAACCCGUUAGCAUCAAUCCGCUGGGAAACUAAAACCAGACCGACCGACAACAGAUAUCUCACGAUUCGUAACAUCAGACAAGAGAACGCCGGACGUUAUGUGUGUGUUGCGACAUACCAGACCACUCUCACUGAUAGAUACACAUUUACCGACCAAUCCAACAAUUCGCUGCACAUAGAUGUUCUAUUUUCCCCAAUAGCUCCAUCAUUACUGCAUCAAGGUACGGAAAUACCUGAUGGACCGCUGAAGGUCGUCAACGGAUCAGAACUUGUAUUGGAGUGUAGGAGUUUUGGAAAUCCACCACCAUCCUACAUGUGGGAACUUGGGUCCAGACGCCAUGCCUCCAGUCAAAUUACCAUAAAAGGCGAUACUUCCAAAUUUGGAACGUACACUUGCAUUGCUGACAACAUCAUGAUUCCAACAUUUGGACCGACAGAAACUGGUCAAGCAAAUAGGACACUACACGUAGACAUUUUAUAUCCACCAAGUGCUCCGAUAUUAAUGUACAGAGAUCAAAUCAAAGUCCAAACAAUGAGCGUCGUACGUAAUACAGCACUGGAUCUGUCGUGCCAUAGUUUCGGAAAUCCCAUGCCUUUCUUUCGUUGGAAACACGGCUCCAGUGUUUAUAAUCAAAGUCGUAUUACACUGAGAGGUUAUACCUUCGAGAGUGGAACAUAUUCGUGUGUUGCUUCUAACUUGAUGAUACCAACAUUUGGUUACGACACGUUUGGCCAAUCAGUAUCAUCGUUGGAAAUAGAUGUUUUAUAUCCACCCACUGAGCCGAUGAUUAUUGUCAAUGGAACAAACAUCUCAACAGAUUCUCUGAAAAUAAUCAAUGGCACCGCAAUAUUACUGGAGUGUCAGAGUUCUGGUAAUCAAAAGCUUUCCUAUCGUUGGAAGCAUGGCUCUAUGCAAUUCCGCGGCAGUCGUCUCGAACUGCAUGGGGACAUAACCAAGAAUGGGACGUAUACGUGUGUUGCUGAAAAUUUUAUGCGACCAACAAUUGGACUCGAUCAAACGAUGAAAGCCGAAAAGUCGCUCUAUGUAGAUGUCUUAUAUCCUCUUAGCGUUCCAAAAAUUUCAUAUAAUGGAACUGAACUGAACGUGGACUUGCAAAUCAUGAACGGUACGAUGUUACUGCUUGAUUGUCAUAGUUCAGGACAUCCAAUGCCAACAUACCGUUGGGUACAUGGUUCUCGAAUGUUUAAUCAAAGCAGUAUUCAAUUGAAUGUUGAUACAUCAGACAAUGGAACCUAUACGUGCGUUGCUGAAAACAUGAUUUCACCAACAGUUGGCCCAAACCUGACAGGUCAUACCAAAAAGUCGCUUGCUGUAAAUGUUUUAUAUCCGCCGAGUGAUCCAAAGAUUUUGAUGAACGGUACAGAUGUAAACAAUAGCGUGUUAACUGUCAUAGAAAGGACACGCCUUUCAUUGAAGUGUGUAAGCGACGCUAAUCCAUCACCUACGAUUCAAUGGAAAACCAACGGAACAAAGCAUGCAGGCGACAUGCUUUUCCUGUAUGAUAUUCAACCUUCUGACGCUAGAAAAUACGAGUGCGUGGCGAAAAACGAAAUGAUCCCUACCUUUGGAUCCAGCCAAAAGAAUAAGUCAAGGAACACACUAGAACUGCAUGUUUUGUAUCCACCUUCCAAGCCCCAAUUUUUUAUAAACGGUGCUGAGUUGCACACUGACAUGUACACGGUUACACACGGUAGUGACGUGUUAAUUGAGUGUCAUAGUCAGGGUAAACCAACUCCAUCUAUCCGUUUGGGGUAUGACUUCGCACUUCAGACUUCAGGGGAACGGCUUUCUGUAAAAAACAUCCAGGAGGGCGACACAGGAAACUAUACAUGCGUGGCAGAGAACGUGAUGACUCCGACCUUUGCACCAAACACAAUCGGACGAAUGCAGAGCUCAGUGCGAAUUAUUCUUAAAGAUACGCAUCACCUUAUGUCUGAACCGCCAUCACACACUGGUCUGCUGUUCCCACUCAUUGCCGGUGGCGCGAGCUUGUUUCUUCUGGCGAUCGCUGCUGUCAUAGUUUGGAGGUGCAGAUUGCGCGUUAGUGGAGCACAAGAUAAUAUCGUGGAGAAUCCGAUGUACAUAUCAGCGGACGGCAUUGAGAGUGAUGGGAUAGCGAUUCAACACGAAGAGACUGGGUCGUUUUCAACCGAUGAACGUUGCGUGCAAAGUGUCUUUGUGGAGGAAAGCUGCUCAUUGGGAAACCACCAUAUUCCAGAUGAAUACAUUUAUUGCUACGCUGAGGUGCAGGACGUUUGCAAAGAAACAGAACAAUAAACAAUAAAAUGGAAUCGUCUUGGUCCACCAUUGUUCUUUAUCUACAUUAGGCCUGAUAAACGUGUGGAUCAAUGAAUAGUUAUAGUAAAACAUACUGGUUUGUGACAAUUUUGAUGAGUGGCUUUAUGUGAUAUAUUUCAUUUUACACUCUGUACCAAGCAGUUACGCCCAGUACUCAAUCAAUGUCUGGUGCUGUAUCCUCGUCAUGGAAGAUGACCAUCGUGAAAUGUCUUUUCAAAUCCGGAGACGUAUCUGAAUCAUCAUUGUAUUGAAAUAUAUCUAAUUUAAGUUAUGUUAAUAAAGUUCUUGGUUUUUAACAAAUUGUAUAAUCAUGUAAGUAUGGCUUGGACAAAGGACUUAUAGCCAGCUUCAUUACUGUCCAUGAAAACGGAUCCUUUUUAAAAAGCUUUUCUUACUUUCUAUCAACUGUGUAAGUGUUUCUAUUCAUGGAUGUGUUUUUUACCCAGAGGCAUUUAAACAAUAGUUCCACAUGGUUCUUUUUAUGACUUUUAUAUUUGUUGAAUACGUAAACGAUAUUGUACAAUCUAAAGAAUAGAAUUUCACUGCAGAUAAUCCUUCUCAAACGUAUCCCCCAAUCUAACAAUUGAUGAAAUAAUAUAGUUUCUAACACCUGGCUAGUGAAAUGCAACGCAUAUUAAAUAUAAUCACAAAUAAUAUCUUAAACAAAACAUAAAAAAUGUCAAAGAUCACCGGCAUAGUAAGCAUCAUUUUCUAGUUCAACUUAAAUAUGAACUCUAAAAUCGAACCCAUCCCACGGAAUCUAAAAGAUAUUAUGCGAAAUCUAAAAAUAACCCUUGAUCAUACAAUCUAGACAUAAUAAACACUUGCGAUACAUCCGAUUUUACAGUAUGGUAAUCUAUGGUCCGACUGACAUUCAUAUACUAUCUUUCUUGAGAUAGUACUAUAAUAAUGUAGCGGUCUGUAUUCUUGCAUGUUAUUGAAUUGCAUUCUACCCCAGAAAGUUGUUAUUCUGUUUCUCUGGUACUAUAAAACCAUAGAGUAAUAAAAACGACAGUUGCAUCGAAAGUUAAUGGUAUUGUAUUACUUCUAAUUAGAAUUGUAAAGCUUUAUUGAUAACACAUGUGUUGUUGUUGUGUUUGUUCAUUACUUCUGGGUAAUUUGGUACGGUUCAGCGCGUCUUUUAAUCUGUUUAAACAUUCAAAUGUUUGGCAGUGACGGUUACAACGCGGUGAACACAGCUUAAAUCAGUUUUAUGUGUAUAUAUUGUGUUGUAUGUUUUUAUGAGAGAAAAUCUUCAAACCUCUGUCUUAUUUACGAUGUCAUAUAACUAAUAUGUAUACAUUGUUCUGUACAGUUGUAUUGUACUUUUACUGUACAUGUAAAUACGUUCGAUACGUUCGGCAAUAAAUGUGUUAAAGGGACCGUCAACCGCGAUUGACGAAAUAAGAAAAGUUCUAAAAUACCGUAUUUUUUACAAUUAUUAGUUUAUAUUGAUUAAAAUAUCACGAUUGGUAUAUUAUCUAACUUGAAAAAGAUAAUAUUUUCAGUAUAUUCGGUAAUAAAAUUUCGCGAUGUGAAAUCGAAAGUACCUAACGAAAAUAUGUGACAUUACGAUAUACACAUAUAAAUAACGCAAGUAGAUUGAUCAUUUUAUAUAUAAAAUAUAUACAAUUCACUGCGCAUGCAUAAUUUGCAUUCCUGGGUUUAACACGUGACGAUGAUGCUCAAUCUACUUGCGUUAUUUAUAGUUAACUUGUAGUUACCUGGUACCUGUACCCAGAAAAUUUAUUAUCGAAUAUACUUCAAAUAUGGCAACUUAACAACUAUUUUCAAGUAGUUGUGUGUUGAUGUAUACGCCGUUGCAUGUUAUGUGCUGCUUUUUGCGUGUUUGUAUCGAUUUGGUAUUGUUUUUAUUCUUACAUCAAAGCUGUAUUAAAGUGUGUAAUAGAUGUUAAUUACUAUAUUGGAGGAAGUUUCUGUUAAGAGAAAUUUAUUUUACUACGUUAUAAUUCGCAAAAAAUACUUUAAGCAACCGCCGAUUAUCAAAUAUACUUUGUUUGUAAAAUGUUCAUAAUUAUGAUUGUUAUUACUUUUGUUAUACGUAUAUUUCCAUAACCGUAUGUAAUGAUUGAGUUCUUUAAUGGGUCUGUUGGUGCUUUGACACAAUGGUUUCCUUUUAAGUAGGAAGUAACCUUUUACAUGAUACUUAUCAUAAAGGCAUUGUGAUUAAAUAGCACAUGAAACAGUUCAAUGACACGAUGAUUAAAUAUAAUUGCCUGGAUUUAAAACAAACGAGAAAACGUUAUAAACUUACUAAAGGAAAUAUGAGAUAAUGUUCUUGACAGUAUCAUAUUUCUGAUUGCGUGCUGGAAAGUGAUGAGUAAACCAUUACCAAGGGUAAAACAAAGCAAUGUCUUAGUUUUAAUAAAAUAUAUACAUGUAAACUAUAAUAACUUUUGCCAAACAAAAGGUUAUGAUUAUGUUUCAUAUUUAUUUAUAGUAUCUUCAUUGAAACUAUUUUAAAUAUAAUAAAGACACAAAUAACAUGUCAUUAAGUUUGCAAAGCGUUAAACAAGUAACACGGGAUUACUUGAGAGAGUACAAGUAAUGUAAUGUACUCCACAACAUGAACGGGAAUACACAUACGAACGAUUUCAUAUGUCUGAUUCGAAAGAAAGAAACACUUUGCGUAACUACGAAUAUAAUGUGCAAGAACAUCGUGGCAACACUUUGCGAAUAUGUCUUAUAUUCAAGCAACACUGUGUAAACAUGAAUUUAGGCAUACGAUAUUUUAAUGAGAGUCUUUAUAUAAUUCGGAGUAAGAGAAAAUGUAUUAUGUAUAGUAAUAUCUUUGUUAUAUAAUAACUGUAUUGUUCAUGUUUGUACAUUUUGCUUGAAUCAUGUCCCAUUCACAAAUAUAACUUAUAUUAAUCGUACAGUUAACCAACAGCAUCGGAACUUCAAUAAUAUUACACAUAUACCAUGUUACAAAGAAAGAAAAUGACUGACAAAUCACUUUUCACUCCAUGUACACGAAACAAAUAUCUCCGACGGCGAAACAUUGUAUUUACUUACUAGACCAUCCAUACAAGUACAUUUUCUACUUCUUUUAUAUGUAAUUUUAGCGUAUCAUGUUUACCUAUAAAAUAAGUGCAUGCAUUUUUCUAUCGUGUUAUAUGUUUUGCCUUGAAAUGAAUUGAUUCUUAAUUCCUCUAAUGCAUGUAGAGUAUAACAUAUUUAAAUAAUAAAUUAAAACUAAUCUGUUUUAAUGUUAAUAAUGACCAAUUCUUCUUACCUGUUUUUUCGCAUCUUUUUUUCUUUUUUCCGACAUAACAUAGAGUUGUUAAAGAGUAUAUAAAUACGUUAGACAAAAAAAUCAAUGAUACUGUUAAAAUUUACGUUUAAACGAAUAUACCAUCUUCAUUUUAAUAAAAAGAAGUAUACAGUAUGCUUAAAACAUUCUUUUUCAACCACCCAUUAUGUUAUGGAUUGAAAGAUAUUUUUAAUGACAAU